AUGGAUGCUUUCGACGACGUGCAAUGGAGGAGCGGCACCGAUGAUGACACAGACAACUCACGACCCGCUACAUCUCACUCCGAAGACUACGCCCAGCACGCACUACACGAUGACGAUGACAUGGUAUCACAGGCCGGGCCCAGCGCCGAUGCCGUAGAUCUAGCUGGCAUAGGCGACGAAAAACUCAUCACAACCGUUGGGGACCCACAGACAGUGCACGACGGGACCAAGGAUGCAUUUGUUUCCUAUCUUGUCACGACCGACACCGACUUUAAAACCUUCCAACGCCACCACAUUGCCGUCCGCCGGCGUUUCACAGACUUUGUCUUCCUGUACAAGGCGCUCUCGCGCGAGUUUCCGCAAUGCGCCGUCCCGCCGCUGCCAGACAAACACAAAAUGGAGUACGUCCGAGGGGACCGAUUUGGCCCCGACUUUACCUCGCGCAGAGCACACUCGCUGCACCGCUUUCUGAAGCGCCUCACGCAGCACCCGGAGCUCCGCAGAACUCCGCUGCUGUUUAUCUUUCUAGAGACACCGGACUGGAAUGCUCACAUGCGGAAGAGGCCUGCGAGGGGUGCUCCGGCCAAUGCUAACGACCAGGGAGGUGUGUUUGAGGGGUUGACAGACACAUUCUUGAAUGCUUUCAGCAAGGUGCAUAAGCCCGACCGGCGCUUCAUUGAGGUAAGAGAGCGCGCAGAUAAGCUAGACGAGGACCUCGGCCAUGUCGAAAAAAUCAUUACCCGUGUGGUCCGCCGCGAGGCCGAUUUAGAAUCGGACUAUGCAGACCUAUCGAAGGAGUUCUUGAAGCUGGUAGGCCUCGAGCCGGAGCUGGCGGGACCCAUCGCGGUAUUUGCAGGUGCAGUGCAAGCGACAAGUACGGGAUUAAAGACAUUGAAAGAACACACGGACCAGGACUACCUCGGCUCACUCAGGGACAUGGAGAGCUACAUCGUUGCUCUCAAGUCUCUUCUCAAGACCCGGGAGCAGAAGCAACUCGACUACGAAGCACUGACAGACUACCUCACCCGCGCCGCCGGGGAGCGAGACCAGAUAGCCUCCGCGCCCACCGGAACCACGGGACUAAGCGGGCCCACGGGCUUCCUGCGGUCCAAGAUCGAAGACGUGCGCGGCGUGGACCACGAGCAGAGCCGACGCGACCGGAUACGGAAGCUCGAGCUGAAGAUCGAGGAGCUGACGCGGGAGAGCGAGAAUGCGCGGAACGUGACGGAGAUGUUUGACGAGGAGGUGGUCAAGGAGGUGGCCAACUUUGAGCGGAUCAAGAGCAACGAGAUGAAGGAUACGCUGGGCGGGCUGGCGGCGGCGAAUGUGGACUUUUACAAGGGCAUGAUUGAGACGUGGGAGCGGAUGCUGAUGGAGGUGGAGAACGAUGUGGUGGAGCAUGAGCAGCAGCAGCAGCAUCAGCAGCAGCACCACCGUGAGGUCUCGCCAUAG